ACAUAUCCUUCUUUGAUAAAAAUAUGUUGGAUGCUGAUUCCUUCACAACUGGCUGAACUUCAAGUGAGGACAAUACGCCCUUCACCGAGUGUCCUGCUUUAAAAUGGCAAGAUGGGCGUGGCUUUUGCUGAUUGUCUGCCUGUCUCCUACUGCAACUGCUUUGUGCCCAUUGAUGUGCCAGUGUUCCAGCAACUACACUGCUGUCUGUUCCUCUUUGAACCUAACCUCAUUAUCGUCUGGUGCCUUUCAGUUCUCAAGCAAUCUCCUUGUCCUUCGCCUAGAAAGAAAUUUUUUAAGUUCUCUCAGCGCCAAUGUGUUCUCAACACUCACAAACUUGAAACGAUUAGAUUUGGAUGAGAAUACCCUAAAAGAUCUUCCAGAGUCUUUGUUCACAUCUCUGCAUGAGUUACAGAUUUUGUAUUUGAAUGACAACAGUUUGACAACUUUGCCAGGUAAUGUUUUCAGAACACUUGAGAACUUGGUCAUUCUCUGGUUGCACAAUAAUAAAAUAGAAUCUUUGCCAUCAGAGAUAUUUGACUCACAGAAGAACCUUCAGACUCUGAGUCUUAUGAAAAAUGCUUUAAGGAAGUUGGACAAAGAAUGGUUCAAACAUCUGGGCAGUUUGGAAUUUCUGGCCUUAUCAAACAAUCAGCUGGUUUCUAUAGAGGAGGACACAUUUUCUGCACUGGUCAGUUUAAGAAAUCUUUCCCUCCAUCACAAUCAGAUCAUUUCAAUACAGGAUCAUGCCUUUAGCAAACUGCCAAAAUUGGAAAUCUUGUGGCUCUAUGACAACAGGCUUUCAGAAAUAACUGACAACAUUUUCAAUGGAGCAACACCUAUAAAAUCCUUAUCUCUGCAUAAUAACCAAUUGAAGAAAAUGAGCAGCAAGGCAUUUGAGAGUCUUACAAGCCUGGAGCAGAUAUAUCUUGAUGGAAACUUGUUGACAUCACUGGAUUCUAAGCUAUUGCAGUCUCAGAAUAAGUUACGCAUGCUUGAACUGCAAGACAACAAGCUGACCUCAGUGAACAUCGAGCUUCUGAAACCUCUCGUCAGUCUUAGAACUUUCAAUCUUUCAGGAAACCCACUGCUUUGUGACUGUACCUUAUGGGAUGCAUGGCUGUGGUGGAGUGCACGUGCACUAAAUCCACUUGCCACCUGUCAACUUCCAGAGAUAAGCAUAGGAGUCAGUAUCAGACAGCAACUUCAGAACUUAGUCUGCAAUUCAGAGAGAACUGGCAGAGUGCAGCCAGCUGUUUCUCAAACGCGUGUUCAAGCUGAAAGCAGUUGUGGUGUGAGGAAUCUCACUGUUGGGUGCUUGAUCAUACUCAUCAUUAUUUCUGCUAUAAUGAUUGGUUCCUUCAUUUAUAUUAUAGGUCACAGAAAACACAGAGUACAGGAAAUGUUACUCCCACUGGAGAGUAACAGUAUCUGAUAUUUUAUGUGAAAAUAUGCAAGAGUUGGAAAGAAGUAUGACAGCUAUCAGUGAUCCCAUGCUAGGUAACUUGAAAACUAAACGGUUUGACUCCCAACAUAUAUACUACAUCAUGCAGCUGUGACGAUCUCCUGAAUGUAAACAUGGCUCUGGUGAAGAACUGUUAAAAAUAAUAUACGUAAUAUUUCCUUAAAUAUCUGGCAACGUCAAAAUAUAAAAAAAUAAUUGUUUGCAAGUGUAUACAUCACUUUUCACAUACAACAAUAAAUAAAUAUGCUUUAUAUUAAAUAACGCUCAAUACUAAUAUAAGUUUUCAGGUGUUGAGAUUGUGUUCUCCUGGGUUGUGAGGUGAGUACCAACGUUUCAGAGGAACAUGAUACCUCCAUCUUCAGGGUUGUCUCUAGGACUAAUGCAGCAUUCUUACCACUUCCAUGACAACACAGUAUUACUAUAAAUCAUCAUCAUCAAUAGAAAAUAUUAUCUGAUAAUAUUGUUAUGUAGAGAUGUUGAUGUCUUCUCAUUAGAACGCAGGAGAAAAUCGUGAUAUAAAGAUAGCUAAUAAAAAUUUAAAAUAUGUUGAAGUUGAAAUGCUUGAGAAUAAAACCAACAAAUUCAACUUUCAUCCACAAAGAAAGUAACAGUACAUUCAGUCCAGGGAAUGCUUGCUGCAAUUCAAAUCAGAAACUAUCAUCAUGUCUUCUAUCUAAAC